AUGAGGGCCUUCAUAGCGCUCGGCAUAUUGCUUGGGUGUUUUGUCGUCCAGGCAGAUGAGCACGACCAUAUGUACGAGGUCAACGAAGAAGUGGUUCUUUGGAUGAACACUGUCGGGCCAUAUAGCAACAGACAAGAAACCUACACUUAUUUCUCGCUACCAUUUUGCCGUGGUCCAAAGGAAACGAUUGGCCAUUAUCACGAAACGAUGGGCGAAUCGUUGCUUGGUGUAGAGCUCGACUUCUCAGGAUUGGAUAUAAAAUUUAAAACUAACAUGGAAAAGACGCUGUUUUGCAAGAAAACGCUCACCAAUGAGGAGUACAAAACGUUUGUUUACGCGAUCAAGAAUCAAUACGCGUACCAAAUGUAUCUCGAUGAUAUGCCAAUUUGGGGAAUGGUUGGAGAAGUUGAUACGUCCGAAAAUCCACCGAGGUAUCGAAUUUUCACGCACAAAAAACUUGAAAUCGGCACCAACGGAAAACAAAUUGUGGAUGUGAAUCUCACUACCGAUGGUCGAGUUGAAUUGCGACCGAAUGUUGAGCUGGAGUUUAGCUACGAAGUGACAUGGUCAAAGAGUGACGUGAAGUUCCAUGAUCGUUUUGACAAGUACCUCGACCCAUCCUUUUUCCAACACAGGAUCCACUGGUUUUCAAUCUUCAAUUCGUUUAUGAUGGUUGUCUUCUUGGUUGGUCUUGUCUGGAUGAUCUUGAUGCGAACACUACGACGAGAUUAUGCGCGAUACGAAAAAGGAGAAAACAUGGAUGAGCUGGAUGCAGACCUUGGGGAUGAGUAUGGAUGGAAGCAGGUCCAUGGUGACGUAUUCCGACCCCCCGCUCUUCCAAUGGCGUUUGCUUCACUUAUUGGCUCAGGCUAUCAUGUGUUUUCUGUUGCACUGAUCACAACAGUUUUGGCAAUUGUUGGAGAAUUUUACACCGAGCGUGGAUCUCUUUUGUCGGCCGCAAUCUUCGUUUAUGCUGCUUGUGCUCCAAUCAAUGGAUAUGCUGGUGGUUCGAUGUAUGCUCGUUUUGGAGGAAAACAAUGGAUUCGCCAGAUGCUCUUCGGCGCUUUCCUUUUGCCAUCGGCGGUCUGUGGAGUCGCUUUCUUGAUCAAUUUCAUUGCCAUCUACUAUCACGCUUCGCGCGCCAUUCCAUUCACUGUCAUGCUUGCUGUCUCUGCCAUCUGUUUGUUUGUGAUUCUACCAUUGACCCUCGUAGGAACUGUUCUUGGACGAAACAUGAGUGGUCAAGGCGAUUAUCCAUGCAGAGUGAAUGCCGUUCCACGACCAAUUCCCGAUAAGAAAUGGUUUGUCCAACCAUGGUUGAUUUGUCUUGCCGGUGGAAUUCUGCCGUUUGGGAGCAUUUUCAUCGAGAUGUAUUUCAUCUUUACAUCGUUCUGGGCUUACAAAAUCUAUUAUGUCUACGGAUUCAUGUUCUUGGUAGUUCUCAUCUUGGCUAUUGUUACCGUCUGUGUUACAAUUGUGUGCAGCUACUUCCUACUCAAUGCUGAAGAUUACCGAUGGAGAUGGACGAGCUUUGCUGCGGGAGCUUCGACGGCGUUCUACGUUUACCUUUAUGCCGUGUAUUACUUUUUGUUCAAGACAAAAAUGUAUGGUCUUUUCCAAACUGCCUUCUAUUUUGGCUACAUGGGACUCUUCGCUUCGGGACUUGGUCUUAUGUGUGGAACAAUCGGCUACGUCGGCACCGCGAAAUUCGUUCGCAAGAUCUACCAGGAAGUCAACAAAUUUGAC